ACCUUUCAUUAUACACCGCCGUCACUCACCGGAAAAUUAAAUUUUCCGGUUAAUUAAUUCCGGCAACUAAUUAUUUAAUCUAUUUUAACACAAUGAGCUGCGCACAUGUAGACACAUUGAUGUCGGAUUUCUUAAAAAAGUCCGGCGGCGUUGCGGUAAUUGACGGCGGACUAGCGACGGAGCUUGAACGGUACGGCGCUGAUCUUAAUGAUCCGUUAUGGAGUGCUAAAUGUCUUGUAAACUCUACUCACCUUAUUCGUCAGGUACACCUUGAUUAUCUUGAAGCUGGUGCAGAUAUAAUCAUCACAGCAUCUUAUCAGGCAACUAUUCAAGGGUUUGAGGCUAAAGGCUAUUCUUCAAAAGAUGGCGAGAUUAUGCUUAGAAGAAGUGUGGAAAUAGCCUGUGAAGCUAGGGAUGUAUAUUAUCAGAGAUGUCGUGAAUCUUCCAGUGAAUAUACCGGUGAUGGUAGAAUUUUCAAGCAUCGUCCUAUUUUAGUGGCCGCAUCUGUAGGUAGUUAUGGAGCGUAUCUGGCUGAUGGGUCUGAGUACAGUGGGGACUAUGGUGAGGCGAUGGAUUUGGAAUUCUUGAAGGAUUUUCACCGAAAAAGAGUUCAAGUUUUAGCUGGAUCUGGGGCUGAUCUGAUUGCAUUUGAAACAGUGCCAAAUAAGCUAGAAACACGGGCUUUUGCUGACCUUCUUGAAGAAGGCAUAAAUAUUCCUGCAUGGUUUGCCUUUAAUUCUAAAGAUGGUGUAAAUGUGGUCAGUGGUGAUUCUUUGGCCGAAUGCACAACAAUUGCUGAUUCAUGCAACAAAGUUGUUGCUGUAGGAAUCAACUGCACCCCUCCUAGAUUUAUUGCUGGUCUGAUUUCAACAAUGAAAAAGGUGACUAUAAAACCAAUACUUAUAUAUCCUAAUAGCGGUGAAAGUUAUGAUGCUCAAGUAAAGCAAUGGGUGCAAAAUACUGGAGUUCCAGAUGAAGAUUUUGUUUCAUAUGUGAACACAUGGUGCGAGAUGGGCGCAUCUCUUGUUGGAGGAUGCUGCAGAACUACACCCGACACCAUUAGAGCCAUUCAUCGGACACUUCCCAGCAGAUCUGUUUCUACACCCCUCGUUGAAAAUCUUCAAACUGAUUCUGGACGUGUUAUGAUCAAAACCAUAUAGAGAUUGGCUAGUAUGUCCUAAGUUUUGAGCUUAUUAAUCAUAUAGUUCCAUUUUAGCAAUAUAAACUAGUGUAAACAAUGUUUACUGAAUAAUAUCAAGGCACUAAUCUACAUGUUACAAUGUUA